UACUGCAGGGGCAGUGACGUCACGGCCAGCCUCUCGCUCUCUCUCUCUCUCCCACAGUCCCUUCCUGCUGCAUCACAACAGUCGCUAGUGGAUCGGGUAACUGAGCUAUUUCCACUGCCUUGUGGAGUUUUUAUUUCAAAUAAAUGUAACAGAAGUCCUCAUCGACUAACAGCCUCAACCAUCAAGCCCGUCACCGUCAGUCCGAGCGGACGUCAGCGCAGCCAGUCUGAACGCGUUUCAAGCGCAGUGGGAGAUGGCCAGGCCAGAGCAGGUCCUGCUUCUAGAACCGCAGCAUGAACUGAGGUUCCGAGGUCCAUUUACAGAUGUGGUGACCACCACCCUAAAGCUCGCUAAUCCCACAGACAGAAAUGUGUGCUUUAAAGUAAAGACGACUGCACCGCGCCGGUACUGCGUGCGGCCAAACAGCGGAGUGAUUGAUGCCGGAACCUCCAUCAACGUCUCUGUGAUGCUGCAACCGUUCGAUUAUGAUCCGAAUGAGAAAAGCAAACACAAGUUCAUGGUACAGUCUCUGCUGGCCCCACCUGACAUGACCGACACUGAGGGAGUGUGGAAGGACGCCAAGCCCGAGGAUCUGAUGGACUCCAAGCUGAGAUGUGUCUUUGAUAUGCCCGCUGAAAAUGAGAAAACACAUGAAAUGGAAAGCAAUAAGAUAUCCGCCAGUCUCUCAAAGUCGGAAUCAUCCACAUUGUCUAUGAAGUCCAUGGCCUCCAGUCUGGAUGAUGGAGAGGUCAAGAAGAUCAUGGAGGAAUGUAAAAGACUGCAGACGGAGGUGCAGCGGCUACGAGAGGAGAACAAACAGAUCAGGGAAGAUGAUGGUCUGCGGAUGAGGAAGAGCACAGUAAUGUCCGCUCCGCACUCCUCUUCAGCGAUGAGAGUGAAGGAGGAGGGGCUGAGCACCAGGGUGAUCGCUCUAAUUGUGCUGUUUUUUGUUGUGGGUGUCAUCAUCGGCAAGUUGGCCUUGUAAAAUCCAAGAGGAGAGUGUUACAAGCAUGCAUUGCGGAUGAAACAAAAACAAAACAGACAAGUAACCAAUGCAGAAUUCGUUUAAUCCGAAUGCCAUAUCAUUGGGGUAGUUUUGGAUUAGCGAGGUGUGUAAAAUUAAUAAAGAGAUCAAGAUAUUUCAUCAUGUUAUGUGCAAAGAAAUAAAUUCAGAAAAAAAAAAUUAAUAAUAGUAAUCUGACACAGCUCUUGCCUCAAAAUUGUGAAAUCAUUCUGGCCCCUCUUCCUAAUUAUUUCUGAUGCAAGUUCAAAUAUAUCAUAGAUUUUAACCACUAAAAUGUUGUAGGGAUUUUCUAACACCAGAUGUGCGACUGAGUUGUGCUAGAGUGAAUGUUGUUUAUCACUUUUUUUCUUUCUUUUUUUUUUCAAUGGGUCAGAAGCAAAUUGAAUCUGUAUACAAAUGCUAAACAUCUUUGAAAAGUGUCACGUGUGCAUUUAAUUUGUGCAUACCCAAACAUCCUGCAUUAAAGCAGCAGUUCACUGAA